UCUCUAUUGGGAAAGAUGGGAAAAAUGGGGUCACCACCACUGACCUCCCUCUUAAUCGCUCUUUUAGUGGCCUUUGUCUCUCUCAGCUUCCCUUCAGAGACCAGUGCAAACUAUCCUUACUCUUCUCCUCCACCACCUGUUUCUCCUCCUUACCACUACAACUCUCCUCCUCCACCUGUUCACUACCCAUCUCCACCAAAGAAGCCUUACCACUACAAGUCUCCUCCUCCUCCAGUUCACUACCCAUCUCCACCAGUUCACUACCCAUCUCCACCAAAGAAGCCUUACCACUACAAGUCUCCUCCUCCUCCAGUUCACUACCCAUCUCCACCCAAGAAGCCUUACCACUACAAGUCUCCUCCUCCACCAGUUCACUACCCAUCUCCACCCAAGAAGCCUUACCACUACAAGUCUCCUCCUCCUCCAGUUCACUACCCAUCUCCACCCAAGAAACCUUACCACUACAAGUCUCCUCCUCCUCCAGUUCAUUACCCAUCUCCACCAGUUCACUACCCAUCUCCACCAAAGAAGCCUUACCACUACAAGUCUCCUCCUCCUCCAGUUCACUACCCAUCUCCACCCAAGAAACCUUACCACUACAAGUCUCCUCCUCCUCCAGUUCACUACCCAUCUCCACCAGUUCACUACCCAUCUCCACCCAAACCUUACCACUACAAGUCUCCUCCUCCUCCAGUUCACUACCCAUCUCCACCAGUUCACUACCCAUCUCCACCCAAGAAGCCUUACCACUACAAGUCUCCUCCUCCUCCAGUCCACUACCCAUCUCCACCCAAGAAACCUUACCACUAUAAGUCUCCGCCUCCACCAGUUCACUACCCAUCUCCACCAGUUCACUACCCAUCUCCACCCAAGAAGCCUUACCACUACAAAUCUCCUCCUCCUCCAGUUCACUACCCAUCUCCACCAGUUCACUACCCAUCUCCACCCAAAAAGCCUUACCAUUACAAGUCUCCCCCACCACCUUCUCCAGUUCCAUCUCCUCCAAAGUUGCCACCUUACCAUUACAAGUCUCCUCCACCACCUCCACCUGUCUACAAGUACAAGUCUCCUCCACCACCUCCACCUGUCUACAAGUACAAGUCUCCUCCUCCUCCAGUUCACUACCCAUCUCCACCCAAAAAGCCUUACCAUUACAAGUCUCCCCCACCACCUUCUCCAGUUCCAUCUCCUCCAAAGUUGCCACCUUACCAUUACAAGUCUCCUCCACCACCUCCACCUGUCUACAAGUACAAGUCUCCUCCUCCUCCAGUUCCAUCUCCCCCUAAAUUGCCACCUUACCAUUACAAGUCUCCUCCACCACCUCCUCCGGUGUACAAGUACAAGUCUCCUCCUCCUCCAGUGCCAUCUCCCCCUAAGUUGCCACCUUACCAUUACAAGUCUCCUCCACCACCUCCGCCGGUUUACAAGUACAAGUCUCCUCCUCCUCCAGUGCCAUCUCCCCCUAAGUUGCCGCCUUACCAUUACAAGUCUCCUCCACCACCUCCUCCGGUUUACAAGUACAAAUCUCCUCCUCCUCCAGUUCCAUCUCCCCCUAAGUUGCCGCCUUACCAUUACAAGUCUCCUCCACCACCUCCACCGGUUUACAAGUACAAAUCUCCUCCCCCUCCUCCUCCAGCUUACAUCUAUGCAUCACCACCUCCUCCUCACCACUACUAGAAGAAUGAGAGGUCGAUAGCAUCCAUGCAUGCAUCCCGGAAAGAAGAAGAAUAUGUAUGUCAAAAUAAAGAAAGAGGUUGUCGAAGAUCGUUUAAUUAUCAUACAAAGAAGGAAAAAGAGUCCCUAAGUUUGGAUUUCCCACAAUAGGAGUUCAAUCAGAUUUCAUGUAUUUGACAGCUGUAGUGCAAUGUAUUGUGUUUUAAAUUAAACUUGCAAAUUAUAUAAUUAAUUAUAUAUAUGUAUGUUGCGAAUGUUAGGAACCUCUUUAGCCAAUGCGGGAGGUUGAAUGGUUUACAUAAUAAAAUAAGCUUAUUUUUCAA